UUUCUCUUCUCACUUCUCACCGCGUCUUUUCUCUCUUUUCUCACUCUGUGUGUGUAGACAAAGCUGCGGAAAAUCUUUAGAGCUUUCCUCGAUCAAAUCCCUUUAGAUUCAAUCGCAAUCGACAUACACUAUAAACCACUUCGUAAUCUCCAAAAAACUCUGUGUAUUACAGCUCCCUGCAUCUGCAAAAUUCAUCUCUCUCCGAUGGGGUGGAUCUUCUCCUUCCUCUGUCAAGGCUGAGAUGGUUUCCUCUCCUGUCUAAAUGGGCUGCUUUCAUUCUACUGUAAGAAAACCGGUUCCUGGGCAUGAAAAUCCAACUAUUCUUGCUUCUCAAACAGCUUUCAGUGUUAGUGAAGUUGAAGCACUAUUUGAGCUCUUCAAGAGCAUAAGCAGUUCUGUAAUCGAUGAUGGAUUAAUCAACAAGGAAGAAUUUCAGUUAGCACUGUUCAAAAACAGGAAGAAAGAGAAUCUUUUUGCGAACAGGAUAUUUGAUCUUUUUGACGUGAAGCAGAAGGGCGUUAUUGAUUUUGGUGACUUUGUUAGAGCACUUAAUGUUUUCCAUCCUAAUGCCCCUCAAGAAGACAAAAUCAGUUUUUGUUUCAAGCUUUAUGACAUGGAUGGAACAGGAUUCAUAGAGCGCCAGGAGGUUAAGCAAAUGUUGAUUGCACUUUUAUGUGAGUCUGAGUUGAAGCUGGCUGAUGAUACCAUUGAGGUUAUACUUGAUAAGACGUUUUCGGAAGCGGAUGUAGACCAGGAUGGGAAGAUAGACAAAUCAGAAUGGCAUAAUUUUGUGACUAAAAACCCGUCUUUGUUAAAGAUCAUGACUCUUCCAUAUCUAAGGGACAUUACAACAACUUUUCCAAGUUUUGUGUUCAAUUCAGAAGUUGAAGAGAUUGCUACAUGAAUGAAAUGAAGUAAAAAUGUUUGUUUGUUAUUAUUUUGAUAUUCAUCUUUUGAAGGAAGACUAGAAUUUUACUUACUUGUGCCUUCUUAUGAUUGCCUGGUUUUGGUAUAUUGGCUUUUUGAGGAGAAAAACAUUGUUUGUUAGGUUUAACACUUUACAAUGGUUGGAGUAUUUUCUUUUUUUCUUUUUUUUUUAAUAUAAGAAGAAAUCAUGAUCAUUGUUACUGAAGAUAUAGAUCUGAUUUGAUAUGAUAUGAUCUGAUCCGUUCUAUUUAGAUGUCAGUCAUUGACUCAAAAAAUGUAAAAAAUGUAAAUGUCGUUGGAUCGAUCUCUUAUAAAUGUAUGUUGAUUUUUAUUUCCU